GUGCGUCCUUUCUACGAGAAGAGGAUGGGUCAGGAGGUUGAGGCUGAUACCCUAGGAGAUGAGUUCAAGGGAUACGUUCUCCGUAUCACCGGUGGAAACGACAAGCAAGGUUUCCCCAUGAAGCAGGGAGUGCUCACCAACCAGAGAGUCCGUCUGCUUAUGGGCAAGGGAACAACUUGCUACCGCCCAAGGCGUACUGGAGAGCGUAAGAGGAAAUCUGUCCGUGGAUGUAUUGUCGACGGAAACCUCGCUGUCCUCGCCAUGUCCAUCGUCAAGAAGGGAGAGGCUGAUAUCCCCGGCCUUACCGAUAACACUGUCCCCAGACGUCUUGGACCCAAGAGAGCAUCCAAAAUCAGGAAGCUGUUCAACUUGACCAAGGAGGAUGAUGUCUGCCAGUACGUUAUCAAGAGGCCUCUUCCCCUGAAGGAGGGAAAGAAGCAGAAGUUCAAGGCCCCCAAAGUCCAGCGUCUGGUUACCCCAGCUGUUCUUCAGAGGAAGAGACACAAGGUUGCUCUGAAGAGGAGGAGGUCUGAGAAGAACAGGCUUGCCGCUGCAGAAUUUUCUAAGAUCUUGGCUCAGAGACAGAAGGAAGCCAAGGAACUGAAGGAACUCAAGAGGAAGAGAACUGCUUCCCUCAGAGAGAGCAAGCGUUCAGUCAGCAGCCAGUAAAUGCUCCCGGAGCAUCUCCUCUCAGAGCAUCAGAUCUGCUCCACAGAGCAAGCCUAGUACCUCCUGUACUAAAGUUUUCAUGUGAAAAUAAAGCUUAAACAAAAAUAUAA